AUGGCGACAUGCAAACCAAGUAGUCAGACUGGUCUUGACAGCUGGCAGAGCAGAAAAUCUCUUACAGAAUGUCUCGGACAUUCUCUUGAAAAUAAAAUGUUCACUAACGUAACAUUCAAGGUGGGAAGAGAACAGAAGUGCGUCCAGGCUCACAGACAGAUUCUCAGUAUCCGCAGCGGCGUGUUCGAGGCCAUGUUCUACGGACCAUUGGCAGAGCAGGAUGAGAUCGUCAUUCCGGAAGUAGAACACGACAUAUUUGAACAGUUUCUAAGCUGGCCAGUGUCGAAAUUUCAAGUGAUGGUCUGCCUCACCAAGCGGCGGAAUGACUCGUACAACCAGGGACUGGUAGUGCCGGAAAUGGACAACGCAUCUCUGCACAGAAUGAUGAAGAUUGUCAUAGGCCAGGACUACCCAGCUGUCGCGAGGGCGCUAGCUGCUACACACUACCGCCGACACAUUCCGCUGCUUGAUGUCCGUCACUACUUGGGAUCGCCGUAA